AUGAAGUUUGAUGGGGCGGCAUUGUGGGUGAAAUUCCACAUUUUACCAUUUGCCGGUAUGUCAAAGGAGACUGGGUUCAAAGGAGACUGGUAUCAAAGUAGGGGAACGGCAACUAGUGGAGGUCACUGCGGCGCUCCGGUACCGGAUGAUGCAAAUCGAGCCUCUGGGAUUACAGUUGUCAGUUGUGGAGUAGAUGGAAAGGUGCGGGAUACGCAACCAAAAAAUAAGGAAGGAUCAGCUGGGAAUCUGAAAUUGAAUGAAAUGGAGCAAUCAAAGGAGAUGACUGGGAGAUACAGUGCGAAUUCUGUGGAACUGAAGAGCAGUGAAGGUGUAAGCGGUUCAGAUGGUAAUUGGAAAGCUGAAGCGAAAAGAGACGCUGAGAUAUUAGCUUAUUUUCAGAAUCUGUUCACAGCUUCAUGUGAAGGAGGCAACGUGCAUUUCUUAGAUAAUCUGAGGGGAAGAGUGACAACGGAAAUGAAAGAGACAUUGGACGCGGAGUUCACAGUCGAAGAGAUUGGACCUGUGCUGUCAAUCAAGCUGAACUUCUUACGAAAUACUUCUGAGCAGCGGGAUAUCAUGCAUAUUACAAAUCUUGUAAUUAGCAGGAACAGUUCUGGGGAACUAGAUAAAUUAUUUUUAUGCUUGUGGGGAUUGUCGUACCGCCGAAACCAGUUUAUCUUUGAGCAGAAACUAUUAGCCCCACUGUUGGAUAUUAAUCAUGCUUUUAGUAUUGCUGGUGAUUUUAAAAGUGCAAAUAAGCAGCGUCAGCAAGGGAGUCAUCAUAGAACAGGGUGGAAUGCACCUCCAGAAAGGGUCCUAAAGCUUAAUGUUGAUGGGGCCUUAUUUGAAGAUCAACGUAGAUAUGGGAUUGGGAUGAUCAUCCAAGAUGCAAUAGGACAAGUAAUUUUCUCAGCUAGCAAACCAGAGAAGGGCAAUAUGGACCCAAUGGAGGCGGAGUUUUUAGCAAUAUUAAGGGGUUUACAGAUUUGCCUAUCUUUGUCCAUCCCGAAUUUACAAGUAGAGAGUGACUCUCCGUUAGUGGUCCAAGAGUUGACAGAAACACCGGCUGAAUCUCUGUUCCUAUGGGGAAACUUGAUACAAGAUAUUCGAAUACUAAUGAAUAGAUUCCCGAAUAUUAAUGUAAGACAUAAAAGCCGUCUGUCUAAUUCAGCAGCACAUUAUCUAAUUAGGAAUUCAUGGCAUCUCGAUGACUUGGUAGUGUGGUGGAGUGAUCCUUCGGAAUUUGUUUCACACAUUUAUUAA